CGCUUUUCUGUUUCCCUCCACACCCUCCCCCCCAUUUCGAGAUCCAAAUCCAAAUCCCUCCCCCUUUUUCUUCUCCUCCCCCCCACCCCCAUCGUCUCAUCCGCCAUUCACCCCUGCAAAUCAUCCUUCCCGCCUCUAACCCCUGCCGGGUUCUGAGCGAGUGCGGAUCGUGGCGUUAGUGGCCGAAGGGGAUUAGGGUUAGUUGUGGUGGCUAGAUCGGCCGGGGGAGCGGAGAUCUGCCGCGGAUCGGAAACCCCUAAACCCCAGGCGUCGUCCCGAUCCGCGCGGCGUGGAUCGGUGGGUUGGUUGCCGGAGCUGCGUGGAGAGGCGGUGGAGUCGGAUCGGACGAUCCUGGCGCCGGAGAUGGAUUCCCCUGUCGAGAAGGGGAGCGGAUCGCUGGAUCCCGACGACCGCACGGCCUCCGGCGAGCCCAAGGCCUGCACCGACUGCAACACCACCAAGACGCCGCUCUGGCGCGGCGGGCCCUGCGGCCCCAAGUCGCUGUGCAACGCGUGCGGGAUCCGGUACCGGAAGAAGAGGAGGGAGGCGCUUGGCCUGGAUGGGCCCAAGAGAAGGGAGACGGCGGCGUGCGCGCACACCGCCGGCGAGGGCGCGGAGCAGCCGCCGAAGAAGAAGACCAAGAGGGAGCGGGAGGAGGUGACCGUGGAGCUCCGCAUGGUGGGGUUCGGAAAGGCGGCGGUGCUCAAGCAGCGGCGGCGGAUGCGGCGGAGGAGACGCCUCGGCGAGGAGGAGAAGGCGGCCAUACUCCUCAUGGCCCUCUCCUCCGGCGUUAUCUACGCCUAGAACCAACCAACCAACCUAGCAGCAAGCAAGCAAGAGAGAACAUGAUCCCGUCAUGCCAGAGAGAUGUGGCGUCUCUACCAGCUGGUUCUAUGCUUAGUUUUCCCCCCCGGCUAAUUAGUUCGAUAAGCAAGUCAAUAAUGAAUGAUGCAGUAGCUUGUGUUCUUCCUGUCGACUUUGUUCUUGCCCAUUAGUUGUAAUGUUACCUGUAGUGUUCCAGUAGCCUGUAACGUUGCAAUGUAAGAAGAGAGCUUAUGAUCAUCUGAGUAGCUCCAGAUCUGUGCAAGUAUCCCCUUUGUUCAGCUGAAAAAACGGCUCCUUACCAGUGUUAAUGAUGAAAGCAUGCUUGUUUCCUUUCA